AUGGCAUACCAGCUAUACUCCAGAGGCUCAGUACGGUCGGCAACCCCACAGAUAUCAUCGCCUUUGCCCCCGACGACAAGGCAGCCGCAGCCACCGAUUCAUCCAGUGCCCCCGCAACUGCCGCGGUCUGCUGCGACAAGCCCUCGCGCAACCGCAGCCGCAACCACAACCGCUCAGAGUCAGGAAAGUUUGGCGCCAUAUCGAGGAGACUUUUCGACGAGCCAUUCGACUCCACAUCCGCACAUCACCGUUGAGAGUGUCCGGACGGUGCAUAUACCAUCGUUGACGCGGAUCACAAGCUUGCUGUUGCCUAUUCGCUAUCCAAAUUCCUUCUAUACCAACAUCAUCACGGACCCUGUUGUCGCGUCACUGUCACGCGUCGCAGUUUACCAUGACCACCCAGUUGCCGCUGUGCCCAAAUCAAGUGGUUCUUCUGGAUCAGAAAAGGUCAUCGGGGGCAUACGUUGUCGCCUAGAGCAGCAGGACAGUAACUACCAAAUCCAAGGUCGCGUUGCAACGAACCUAUAUAUCCAGACCCUCCAUCUGCUUUCACCUUACCGGGGCCAUGGCGUCGCAGCGUCGCUGUUGGACUCACUCCUAUAUGCUCCGUCGGACGACGUUGGGAGGAAGCACAAGGUCUCUCAUAUUGUGAAGCAUUAUAAUAUACGGUCUGUGACUGCGCAUGUUCACGAAGCAAACGAGGAUGGGUUGCGAUGGUAUGUUGCUCGUGGAUUCAAGGUGCAAGAUGGAAUUGUCGAGGGCUAUUAUCGACGACUACAGCCAUCAGGCGCAAAGAUUGUUCGCCUGGAUGUGCAGUGGGACGAUCAAGCCGAAGACCAUGAUCAAUUUUGUGAGGCACAUGUUGCUCAAGAAGAAUCUCCAAACACUACAUCAAGUGAUGCUGAAGAUGAGGGAUGGGAGAAGGUAGAGGCUGACCAUGACGAUGACAAUCACGGGGUCCAGCCGUUGGAUGAAUCCCGUGUCCUCGAUCGAACUGACUCGACUCUAUCUCGGAAGCGCAAGGCCGAGGAGGAGAGUGCCCACCUGCCUCAGCGGAAGUAA